CGACAAGAGAGCAAGCAAGCACACUGCUCCUCCCUCCCCAGCCGCAGCACAGCAGAGCAGAGCCGAGUUUGCUGCUGCUGACCUGACACCAUCGUGUGCCCCUCUCUCGGUCCAGAAGGACGCGAACCGCGCUCGUAGAGUGUGGCAGCAAUGGCGGUCGUCGCCGGAGACAGCGAGUCGCUGAUGCAGCGGUGCAAGCCGUACGUGGCGAUGAUCUCGCUGCAGUUCGGGUACGCCGGCAUGAACGUCAUCACCAAGGUGUCGCUCAACCACGGCAUGAGCCACUACGUGCUCGUCGUCUACCGCCACGCCUUCGCCACGCUCUCCAUCGCGCCCUUCGCGCUCGUGCUCGAGCGCAAGGUCCGCCCCAGGAUGACGCUCUGGGCCUUCCUCCAGAUCUUCGUCCUCGCGCUGCUCGGGUGCGUGCACAGGGGGGGCUUGGUUCUGUUCCGAGUUAUUGCGCUGUUAGUUUCUUGCUUGGCAAAACUCUGCUCUGACUCUGAUUGCAUGCGGCUCUGCGAAUCGUUUCGUGCGCACAGGCCGGUGAUCGACCAGAACUUCUACUACGCGGGGCUCAAGUUCACCUCGCCGACCUUCUCCUGCGCCAUGAGCAACAUGCUCCCCGCCAUGACCUUCGUCCUGGCCGUGCUCUUCAGGAUGGAGAAGGUGAACCUGAAGAAGGCGAGGUGCGUGGCCAAGGUGGUAGGAACGCUCGUGACGGUGGCCGGCGCCAUGCUCAUGACGCUCUACAAGGGCCGCGUCGUCGAGUUGGUCUGGACCAAGCACAUACACCUCCACGGCCCGCACCCGGACGCCGCCGCUGCUGCCGCCGCCGCCGACAAGGACUGGUUCACCGGCUCCAUUUUCCUCAUCAUCGCUACCCUCGCCUGGGCGUCCCUCUUCAUCCUCCAGGCCGCCACGCUGAAGAGGUACGACGCGCCGCUGUCGCUGACCACCCUCAUCUGCUUCGUGGGCACCCUGCAGGCCAUCGUCGUCACCUUCGUCAUGGAGCGCGAGCCCUCCGUGUGGAGGAUCGGCUUCGACAUGAACCUCCUAGCCGCCGCCUACGCUGGCAUAGUGACGUCCAGCAUUGCCUACUACGUGCAAGGGCUGGUGAUCCAGAGCCGGGGCCCUGUCUUCGCCUCCGCCUUCAGCCCCCUCAUGAUGAUCAUCGUCGCCAUCAUGGGCUCCUUCAUCCUCGCAGAGAACAUCUACCUCGGCGGGAUCAUCGGGUCCGUGCUGAUUGUCGCCGGCCUGUACUCGGUGCUGUGGGGUAAGCACAAAGAGAACGAGGAGAAGGAGGGAGAGGCGGCCAUGGAGAUCCCCGUGGCGAUCAAGGCCGUCGACGGCAAUGGCAGGAUCAUGGAGAUCGUGGAGCUGGACGAGGUGCAGCUGGAGAAAGCCCAGGCCAACACCAACGCCAACGCCAACGCGGCCGUCGCCGUCACGGCGGUCCCCGCGGCGGAGGCCCGGAUGCAGGGCAAGGACGACCAGGCUUAAGCUACAGGAGAUGCGCCGAUCGACGGGUCGAUCGCGCGCGUGCGUCAUCUUAGCCCUCCUGUGCUGUGCUUUUGUGCGUCCUCUUCUCCCCCGGCCGGCCCAUGAUAGAUGUGUUGUAGUGUGGGGCGACCUGAUGCUUUAAGCUAGCGACGGGCAGUAGUAGUGCUAGCUGUAGUAGUGAAGUGGUGCCAAGAUGGAAGCUGAGGAGGAUGCAAUAUAAUGAUGAUGGGGAGUUUUGUAACCUCUCCUGCUAAGCAGAUGCUGCCAGUACGCCUGAGAUAAUCAUUAUUAGUAUCAUUUUAA